UCAAUUCAUUAUGAAAUAUGAAUAUCCAUUUUCACCUCUUAUACAAAUAUUUGAAAUACUGAAACAACCUUGAAUUCAUGUCAUAAACAUCCAUAAUAACUAUAAUAUCACCAUAAAUUGUUCAAAUUUAUCAUUAUUCCAAUCUUUAAUAAUACUAAUUUUAACAUUGGUUAAAACCAGAUGAGCCGCUCACUUAUAUACAGGAUUAUUAUUAUAGUGAUAAGCAUUUCACGUGAUAUUCUGUAAUCUAAAAUUUUUUUUUCAAACCCCAUAUAAUAUAUAUAUAUAUUUAAAGAUUAAAGUAAUUGCUUUUAUAUUUGGUUCAACAAGUGUUAGUAAGCUUAAAGUAGGUCAUAAAAGAUAGAUAUGCCUAAUUUACUUACAUCUUGGAAUUGUCGAGGUGAAAGACAUUUAAUCAUUGGUGAUGUUAAAUUAAUCAAUCAUCGAAUUAAGAGUAUCAUUGAUGUUGGAGGUUUACCGAUUAUCUUAACUGACUCAAAGGACAUAGGUCAAUUUGAAGAUGAUAUUAAAGUUAUAACUCAUGAUAAAUUAACUAUUGAUAAAGUUAAGGAGGUCAUUAUUAGUGAAGGUAGAGAUGAUGUUGAUCAUAUUGUUGAUAAGGUAUUUGUGGUAUUACCUAAUUUUCAACUUCAAUUAAAGGAAGAGAUUUACAAUACAUGUUUAAAAUUAAGAAUACCGAUAAAUAUAAGUGAUACUCCUCAAUAUUGUACUUUCACCAUAUUAUCCACCCAUACUUCAGGUGAUUUCCAAAUGGGUAUAACUACCAAUGGUAAAGGAUGUAAAUUAGCAUCUCGAAUCAAGCGUGAAUUAGUUAAUGCUAUUCCUUCUAAUAUCGAUGAGAUCUGUGCUAAAGUUGGUGAAUUAAGACAAAAGAUUCAACAAGAGGAUAAUGUGAUUGAUCUCGGAGGUGAACAUGAUGAAGAUUCCAUAACUACUUCCAAAUUGAAUUCGUUGGUGGAGGAAUUCAAUAUGACCAAAGAACAACAAAAAUUACAAAGAACAAGAUGGUUAAGUCAAGUUGUGGAAUAUUUCCCCUUACAAUACUUAGUUACUAUCUCUGCCGAUGAUUUAUCCCAAGCAUAUAAGAAAUCGAUUCAAAAUGAUAAAGAAGAAGGUCAAUUAAUCAAACGUCAAAAAAUAAACCAAAAAGGAUCAAUAUCAUUAGUGGGAUCAGGUCCAGGUUCAAUUUCAUUAUUAACCUUGGGGGCUUUACAUGCUAUAUUCUCCGCUGAUUUGAUUCUAGCUGAUAAAUUGGUUCCUCAAGAAGUUAUUGAUUUAAUUCCUCAAAAGAGAACUAAAUUAUUCAUUGCUAGGAAAUUCCCUGGUAAUGCUGAAAGAGCCCAACAAGAAUUAUUACAGAUGGGAUUAGAUGGAUUAAAUAGAGGUGAAAAAGUUGUUCGUUUAAAACAAGGUGAUCCAUAUAUUUUCGGUCGUGGAGGUGAAGAAUUCAAUUUCUUUAAACUGCAUGGGUUCACUCCGAUUGUAUUACCGGGUAUAACAUCAGCUUUAGCUGCUCCAGUAUUAAGUCAAAUCCCAGCUACUCAUAGAGAAGUGGCUGAUCAAGUUUUAAUAUGUACAGGUACUGGUCGUAGAGGAGCUGUUCCUAAUUUACCUAGUUUUGAAUCAUCAAGAACAACAGUAUUUUUAAUGGCAUUACAUAGAAUAGUGGAAUUGAUUCCUAAAUUAAUCAAUGAAAAACAAUGGGAUCCAAAAUUACCUGUCGCUAUCAUUGAAAGAGCUUCAUGUCCUGAUCAAAGAAUCAUAAGGACAAAUUUAUCAUCAGUAGCUGAGGCAGUAGAAGCUUGUGGAUCAAGACCUCCUGGCUUAUUAGUUACUGGUUAUGCUUGUGAAGUGAUUGUUAAGAAUGAUGAACAGUCUCCUGCAAAAUGGGUCAUUGAAGAAGGAUGUAGCACCAUUAAUGAUUCAACUUAUUUAUCACCCAUUGUGGAUUUGAUUACAAAACAUGGUAAAUUCGAUACUACCACUACAACACAUCAUCAGCAAGAGGUGCUGCAUACACCUCCACCUGAUAGUAUAAUUACUGUAUAGACACACUAUUUAUUCCUAAUUCUUAAUAUAUAUUUAUUCAUUGUAUUUUAUUUAUCUGUUCGGUAUAGGUUAAUUCACGUGUGCCUGUCAAAAAUAAUUCCGCUCCUUAAUUUCGCGA